CGAUCCCGGAAGUGCGGGUGGACUAGCAGCGAAGGUAAACAUGGCUCGUUGUGUCCUGUGCAGAGCUGUCGGUGUAUUUCAGCUCAGCAGGACUCCGACACUCCUGACAGGGACGCGUUUGUACUCUCAGACUGAACCGGAGCCGCCGACAGUGAGGCAACAAAACGACGGAAUAAGGAGAAUAAUAUUGAACAAUCCCAAGAAGAGGAAUGCUCUGUCUUUGUCUAUGCUGGAAUCCCUCAGAGAAAACAUCCUAACUGAUGUCGACAGUGAUGAUCUCAGAGUUAUUAUCAUUUCAGCCAAAGGUCCAGUGUUUUCCUCUGGACAUGACCUGAAGGAGCUGACGUCAGCUCAUGGCAGAGAAUAUCACACAAGGGUGUUUCACACCUGUGCAGAGGUCAUGACUCUCAUACAAGACAUACCUGUCCCAGUGAUCGCCAUGGUGAAUGGUGUUGCCACCGCGGCUGGUUGCCAGCUCGUUGCCAGCUGUGACAUUGCUGUGGCCACGGAGAAGUCCACCUUCGCCACUCCGGGCGUCAACGUGGGUCUGUUCUGCUCCACGCCGGCGGUGGCCAUCGGCAGAGCUGUGCCGAGGAAGAUUGCGAUGGAGAUGCUGUUCACAGGAGCUCCCAUCUCCGCCCAUGACGCUUUGCUGCACGGUCUGGUCAGUAAGGUGGUGCCGGAGGAACAACUGGAGGAGGAGACAUUAGCCAUCGCCCAGCGGGUGUGUCAGGCUAGCCGACCUGUUGUAGCCCUCGGCAAGGCCACUUUCCAAAGACAAAUGGCUCAAGGACGAGAUGCAGCGUAUGCUACCGCUUCCAAGGUGAUGGUUGACAACCUGGCUCUAAGAGACGGACAGGAGGGGAUCCGGGCCUUCAUAGAGAAACGCAAGCCAGUGUGGAGUCAUAAAGCAGAAGAGGCCCAUGACAGAUGAACAUGAGAUCACUGCAAUGAGCUCGUCAUUAUCCUUACUGGUACACAUGGUUUUCAGAUACCUGUGUGGAGUAAUUAGCACCAGUCACAAGCCAAUGUAUGGGCUAUGCUACUAGUGAAAUGUGAAAUUUAAAUUAAAUAGUUGACUUGUUAAUUUCCUCCUUUUUGGUGAGACUAAAGAUAAGUAGCAGAACCAUUGUGUGCCUUGCAAGCUGGAGUGUGGACACGAGAAGGAAAUACACUCUUAUCAUCCAGAGGACCCAACAUGUUAAAUGACAUAAUGGACUCAAAUCUAAAGAAUACUGCUCUCUGUAUGUAUAAAGUUAAAUGCAAUAAAUAAGGUUACAGAUUAGUAGGAGUUUUGUCAAAAAUCCAGCGUUCUGUAAAUAAAAGUGUACUUAAUUUUUUGCCGAACAAUGGUAGUUGACGUAUGGUUUGAACUCGUCCAAGGCUUGGAUGGACAUGAAAAUAUUACAGCAAAGUAAUAUCUGGUUCUAUGAUAAAAUGUGAUAGGUACAAGCAUGUGUGAUUUUAAAAAGUAAGGAGAUAAUUUUGUAUUGUGGGGUGUUUUUUUCCCCCCCAUUUAAAAUUUAUACAGUUCUGAUUGACUUUACUGGCAGCAGCAGCUGUACCAAACUGAGUGUAAAAAAAAGCGAUGUUGGAGUAAUUAAAAAUUAUUAUCAAAUGAUAAUAAAGCUAUACAAUCAAUAACUAGUCAUUAUAUUAGUAUCCUCAGGACACUGAACUUUGUAAUGGGAAAUGUUUCAAACAAAUACUUCCAAUUGAAGUCCUACAAGGUUGCCAUCAAGUAUGAUUAAAAGCCACACAUAUCACAAUACACAAAGGACAGUACAAGUAUAUGAAAUUGACAAUUUUUAGUUAGGCCUCCAGUAGUUGAUUGGCUACCAGCUGACAUGUCUUAAAACCAAGAUAUUUUCAAUAAAAAAUGUAAAGUAUAUAUUUGUUUUAUAUUUGUUUAUUCUGUACUAUUUGCAAAUGUGCGUAUAUAAUAACAUGUAGGUUAAAGCAUUUAGUUUUUUGUUUAUAUACCGGUUAUGUCACAUCCGGUCGCCAUCUUUGUUUUAAUGGUAACUAAACGAGUAAAAAUUAUUUUUCGGGAAGAACAACUUUGGAACCAAAUAGACAGAAGAGUGAAUGAGGGCUCAGGAAAUACUUCCCAAACAGCGUAAUCAGUAAAAACGUCAGAGGCUGGUUCCUGCAACGUUACGAUGCAGCGUGACAGUCAGAAGUGUCUCGCCAUUUUCUGUAUCUUCUGAUCACAGCAGCAUGGACUCCUGCAUGGCAAACGCCUCCUGUGCGUGCCUGUAGUGUGGUCCUCCAAACAGCUGGGGGAGCUGUUGCCUUAUGACGGGCUGCUGCUCCUGGAACGGAGUCCUGUAGUGACGCAGGUCGUCUGGGUUGGCGGGAAAAGUGAACUCCUGAACAGGAGACAUUUGGGCUCGCUGGAAGCUGGGCGAGCGGGGCAUCCCACCUGGGGAUUGAGGGGGCAGCUCAUCCUCCAGCCCCCACGGGAGCCCGUCUACAGGCCGCCUCGCCUCGGCUCUCCGAUGUCCCUCAAAUCGGUUUUCCACCUGUGCAGUGGAGGUGAGCUUUUGCAGGUAGAUAGGGGUGGAGCUCCCCUGGGUUUCCAGCUGCAAGGAGUGCUCCGGGGGUGGCCCGGCGUUUCGGGGUUUGUGGCUGGAGCUAUAUAGCGGCUGCCUGCGGUAGGUGGCGAAGGAGUUGUUCACGAGAGACUUCUCUGGGGAGAGGCUGGUUUGCCGCUCGGUGGUGGCAUACGCUCUUUCCCCGUACGCCAUAGUAGAGGGCGGGGUAAAUCGGGAGGGCGGAGCAUAGAGUCUGUCUUCUCCUCUGGGGUCCAGGCUUACGCUGUAGGCGGGAUGGAAGAUGGGGACCUCAGUGGUAGUUCUGCCCGGUGAAUGCUGCUGGGGAGGGGUGUGGUACUGGCUCUGACUGGCAGGGUAGCUUGCCUGGACCCUGGCUGGACUGGAAAAUGGAGGAGGAAGAGGGUGUUUGGGCAUCCUGGGCCCUGAUACGACAGAGACGACACUCCCAGCCACGCUGGGAUUGCGGCUGGGGCUGACCUGAUGGAGGGAUGAUACACUGAAGGGUGUCUCACUACGAGGGGUCCGCAUUCUGGACGGAGGUCUGUCAAGCUCCAGGAUCUCAAAAUCCUGCUCCGGCAGCCCUGGUACGUUGUCAUACUGGGAGGCGUUGGAGCCUCGGUUGGCGCUGGGGACGAAGCCCUUGGAGCGUGGCCGGCGGUGGGGCGGAACAGUGUCAUCUGGGCUGGAAGGGCCCGGCGAUGCCCCUCGACUCCGAUGGACCUCCCGGGCUGCCGCUACUUUGGCUGCUUCCAGCUUUGUCUCGGAGGGUUUGAACCAGCGCGGAGUGAUCUCUUUGUGAGAGCUGGAGGCCGCGUUAGAGUUGUGGUUGGCGGUAGCGUGGCUCUGAGGCUUCCGUCUUUCCACCGUGCUGAGCUGUGGCGUAGGGGUGGGGACUGAGGGUGGUGUGACGCCCCUCUCAGGCGUGGUGGAUGUGGGCUGCUUUUGAUGCUCAGUGGGAAUCUCCCCUGAUCCCCUGGAGCGGCCAUCCCUCUUGUCACCCUUGUGGUGGCGGAUCGAUUUCUCCACUGAGUUCCGACGUGACCGGCUGGGGGGUCGACCGUCCCGCUGGUCCCUGGGAGGCUCGGCUGGCUCGGCGUGGCUUUGACCGUUGGCCACGUGGUUCAGCUCAGGAGGAAGCUGCCCUAGAGGCUUCUUGGGAAACUCUUCCUCUUUACCUGCAAGAUCAAAACAGAGGAGAUGCAUUAGAACGGCAGGAAACAAAACGGAGCGGUGAUGGUCUAAAACACUGUGUGGCGCUGAUUCACAUCAGAUGAGGAGUCACAACAGGGACAUGGAUUCAUGCAACACCACUGCCAUAGAGAGCUUCCUUACUUAAUGACUAAGCUGUUCAAGACCAUCAUAUUGGUUGCUUCAAGCAGCCUCAUCACCACUGGACCAAAAAGGCAAAAAUGUCCUUUUCCGUAUUAUAGCUGGUAAUACGGUCUGUGUGCUUCACGCUGCAGCAGUACCUGGUGCGGGCAGAUCCAGCUUUGCCCUCCUGAGCUCCGUCAUGGACGCCUGUAGCUGCUCAAUCACAAAGUCGUCCUCGAAGAAGAAGUCUUUGGACAAAGUCGCCUGCAGAAACUCCACCAGUUCUUCCAUGGACAGCUUCAUCAGUUUGAGGAUAGUGUAGGACAUGGCGGGGAGCAGUCUUUCACCCUCCAAGAUGUAGAUGUCCCAGAUCCUGAGGGUGAGGGUGAAGGGAGUCUGAACACAAACAGAACAAAAGGUGCUGUUUCAGUUUGGGCAUCAUCUUCUUGAGGAUGCGGUCAUGGUGCUCCUGGAAACGCAUCAACUUCGGGAAGCCGGGGACAAAAAACCCUGCAGCAAAAAUAGAACUGAUGCUUCAAGAUAUUGCAGCGAAGAAGGAAAGAGCAACAAGUGAGAUCACUCAUCCUUUUUAAUGUCGGCACUUCAGCUAGAAGGCAGCAGAUGGUCUCCGGCGGCCACAACACAGCUGCAUCCAGCGAACAUGCUGUUGAAGUCAAGAUAACCAAACCCUUUUGCCCAUGAAAGUGUGUUUAUAUGUGUUACCAUGCAUGGCAUGCUUCUGCCCAGACAGUAGUUUGACCAGAGCCCAGAAGGCGUCCUCUUCAUUCAUGUAGAUCAGCAGCAGAGCUGUGAUCUGACUCAUGCCCUGGCAGUAGCCCACCUCCUGCAAACAGACACAGCCGGGGGAAUGAUGAGUUGAUUCCUUACUGCCUAUGAACCCUGUUUUCUUCUUUCUUAUGCGAGGCAACAUGAAUGAACUGAACAAUGCCAAUUCUGAAAUGUUGUGUAGGAUUGCCUACAUUGGUUGUGUUCAUAUAUCAUUAUGUGUGUGUUUAUAUAUUUUUAUGACGCUGCUGAUGUUUUUAUCUGCACCAUUUCUGUUUGUAAAUCUUAUUUAUGUGCAGCUAGUAUUUUACUCGGACCUUGUGUGAUUGAUUAUAAACGUCUGACAUCUGCAUUUAGUGGGAAACAACAAAACAUUUUUGAAAUUAUUUGUGGUUCAGUGGAUUAAUCUGUCUAAUGCAUCCAAAACCUGAAGUAGCAGUUUGGAAAUCCAGUACUUCAACAACAAAAUUAUUCCUACAAGAUCUGCAAAAAAAAAAAAAGCACCCAAAA